CAGGAGCCCCCCCCUGAGCCCAGGAUAACUCUUGAAGUUGGGGGGCAGCCAGUCACCUUUCUGGUGGACACAGGAGCCCAGCACUCAGUCCUCACCCAGGCUCCUGGACAACUCAGCGACCGGACGGCCUGGGUACAAGGAGCCACUGGCAGCAAGAGAUACCGUUGGACUACAGAUCGACGGGUUCAGCUGGCUACUGGUAAGGUGACCCAUUCCUUCUUACAUGUUCCGGACUGCCCAUACCCUCUGCUGGGCCGUGACUUGCUUACCAAAUUAAAAGCUCAGAUCCAUUUUGAAGAAGGAGGGACCCGAGUAACCGGGCCCCGCGGUAUUCCUCUUCAGAUUUUAACCCUUCAGUUAGAAGAUGAAUAUAGAUUAUAUGAACCAGAACAGGACAAGCCAAAAUCUCCAGAAAUAGACUCUUGGGUCACGAAAUUCCCACUGGCCUGGGCAGAGACUGGCGGGAUGGGGUUGGCGCUCCAACAGCCUCCCCUAAUUAUCCAGUUAAAGGCCACCGCGACUCCUGUCUCCAUUAAACAGUACCCCAUGUCAUGGGAAGCUUAUCAGGGCAUAAAGCCACAUAUCAGGAGGCUCUUAGACCAAGGCAUCCUAGUCCCUUGCCGGUCACCCUGGAAUACGCCUCUGCUACCUGUUAAGAAGCCCGGCACUGGAGACUAUAGGCCAGUACAAGAUUUGAGAGAGGUCAACAAAAGAGUAGAAGAUAUUCAUCCAACUGUCCCAAACCCUUAUAAUCUACUCAGCACCCUGCCUCCCACCCAUACUUGGUAUACGGUCUUAGAUCUGAAGGAUGCUUUCUUCUGCCUCCGGCUGAGCCCAGAAAGCCAGCCCUUAUUUGCUUUUGAGUGGAAAGACUCUGAAAUGGGGCUUUCGGGACAGUUGACUUGGACAAGGUUACCACAGGGUUUCAAAAACAGCCCAACGCUCUUUGAUGAGGCCUUACACCGGGACUUGGCUGACUUUCGAGUCCAGCAUCCCACUCUUAUACUUCUUCAGUUUGUUGAUGACCUUCUUCUAGGGGCCACUUCUGAGACAGCAUGCCACCAGGGAACAGAAUCCCUCUUGCAGACUUUGGGGCGAUUGGGCUAUCGAGCUUCUGCCAGAAAGGCUCAAAUUUGCCAGACCCAGGUUACUUAUUUAGGCUAUCAACUAAGGGACGGACAGCGAUGGCUGACUCCGGCUAGGAAACAGACCGUGGCCAACAUCCCAGCCCCAAGAAAUGGCCGACAGCUACGGGAAUUCCUAGGAACGGCGGGAUUCUGCCGCCUCUGGAUUCCUGGGUUUGCCGAGAUGGCAGCCCCCUUGUACCCUCUCACUAAACAGGGGGUGCUCUUCCAGUGGGGGGCAGAACAACAGGAGGCAUUUGAUAACAUUAAACGGGCCUUGCUGUCCUCCCCUGCCUUGGGUCUCCCAGACAUCACCAAGCCCUUUGAACUAUUUGUGGAUGAGAAGCAAGGGUAUGCUAAGGGGGUCCUAACACAAAGACUGGGACCCUGGAAGCGCCCGGUAGCCUACCUGUCUAAGAAAUUAGACCCUGUGGCCUCUGGUUGGCCACCAUGCCUGAGAAUGGUGGCAGCCAUUGCCGUCCUAACUAAAGACGCUGGGAAGUUGACCUUGGGGCAGCCACUCACCAUCCUGGCACCCCAUGCAGUGGAGGCUUUGAUAAAACAGCCCCCUGACCGCUGGCUCUCCAAUUCCCGCAUGACCCACUACCAAGCCUUGCUACUGGAUGCGGAACGGGUCCAGUUUGGGCCCGUGGUCGCUCUCAACCCAGCCACUCUGCUUCCUUUGCCAGAGGAGGCAGAACAGCACGACUGUCUGCAGAUCCUCGCAGAAGUACAUGGAACCAGACCAGACCUAUCGGACCGACCUCUCCAGGAUGCUGACCAUACGUGGUAUACCGAUGGUAGCAGCUACUUGGUGAACGGGGAACAGAAAGCUGGAGCCGCGGUCACUACGGAGGACAAAGUGAUCUGGGCAAGCGCCUUGCCUGUUGGUACCUCCGCACAGCGGGCUGAACUCAUUGCCUUAACCCAGGCGCUCAAAAUGGCAGAAGGUAAGAGGCUGAAUGUAUAUACAGACAGCCGCUACGCCUUUGCUACAGCACACAUCCAUGGAGAGAUCUACCGGAGAAGAGGGCUGCUCACAUCUGAGGGUAAGGACAUUAAGAACAAGACUGAAAUUCUGGCCCUCCUGGCAGCUCUGUUCCUACCAAAAAGACUGAGCAUUAUACAUUGCCCAGGGCAUCAGAAGGGACACAGCCCCGAGGCACGGGGAAAUCGGCUAGCUGAUGUCUCAGCGCGUGAGGCCGCCAUGGGCACCCAAGUUCUGUCCUUAAAAGACCAAGAUCAACCCACGUCUCCACAGCCGGAACAGACCGGUUGGCUCUACACCACGGAGGACACAAAGCUCCUACAGAAAAUGGGGGCCGUUUGGUGCCCACAACUAAAACGGUGGGUCUACACAGGGAAAACAGUUAUGCCUACGAAGAUGACCUUUGAAUUAAUCUCCUACCUACAUAAAUUAACACACCUGGGACUCAAGAAGAUGAAGACCCUCUUAAGACGAGAAGAGAUUGACACCUACCUCCUGGGACGAGAUCAGGCCUUGAGGGAGGUGACUGAAAGCUGCAGGGCCUGUGCUCAGGUAAACCCAGGAAAAGCUAAAAUUGGACAAGGAGUCCGUCCCCGAGGACAUCGGCCUGGUACCCACUGGGAAAUUGACUUCACUGAAAUCAAGCCUGGUAUGUACGGACACAAAUACCUCUUAGUGUUCAUAGAUACCUUCUCCGGAUGGGUAGAGGCUUUCCCCACGAAACAUGAAACGGCCAAGGUGGUGACCAAGAAGCUCCUCGAAGAAAUCUUCCCCAGGUAUGGAAUGCCCCAAGUAUUGGGGUCAGAUAACGGGCCCGCUUUCGUCUCCCAGGUAAGUCAGUUGGUGGCCAAGUUAUUGGGGAUUGAUUGGAAGUUACAUUGUGCUUAUAGACCCCAAAGUUCAGGACAGGUAGAGCGCAUGAAUAGAACAAUUAAGGAGACUUUAUCUAAAUUAACGCUUGCAACUGGCUCAAAGGAUUGGGUGUCCCUACUACCCCUAGUCCUAUACCGGGCCCGGAAUACACCAGGCUCCCAUGGCCUGACUCCCUUUGAAAUAGUAUACGGGACCCCACCCCCAUUUAUCAAUUUCUUUGAUUCAAACAUCGCUGAAUUCGCUAAUAGCCCUUCCUUGGCAGCACAUCUUCAGGCCCUACAAAUCGUGCAGAGAGACAUCUGGAAACCUCUAGCCGCGGCCUACCAAGACAGGCUUGAACAACCGACGGUGCCGCACCCGUUCCAGAUCGGAGACACCGUGUGGGUGCGCAGACAUCAGACCAAGAAUCUCGAGCCUCGGUGGAAAGGACCCUAUACAGUUCUCCUGACUACCCCGACAGCCUUGAAGGUAGACGGAAUUGCGGCUUGGAUCCACGCAUCUCAUGCCAAGGCAGCCCGACCUGAGGAAACGGCAGAUCACAACAUCGCACCCCAGACAUGGAAGGCUCAACGCACUCAAAACCCCCUAAAGCUAAGAUUUUCACGUUGUUGCUCUUAACUGUCUUAUGGACUAGGGGUGGGGCGAGUCUGGGGGCUAGCCCCCACCAGGUAUAUAAUAUGUCCUGGAUAAUAACUAAUUUAGAGACGGGCUGGUCUCAAGUCCUAGC